AUGGCAGACAUCGAGAAACCCGCACCCAUCUAUGAGAGUAAAGGUGACUCUCCCGCUAUUCAGGAAUUGGUUACCGAGGAGAAACACAAUCGCAAUUCUACUUCCUCUACUGGCGAGCCCAAAGGCCCUGAAUCUGUAGCCGCGGCUGGCGUGCUGAAGGGGGAUGACGAAGUCGAAUCAGGUUCAGCUUUCUAUGCGAAAUACAGGCCAUUCAUCCUUGCAGCUUUGGCACUUGUUAUUCUAGGUUGGUGGAUAAGCUCGACCAUCGUCCAUGCGACGAGACAUCGUUGGAUCGUUCAAACGUUCUGGGCAUGGACUUUCAUUUCAAUCAUCGCCUUCCGGUUCAUUCCCAAUUCAAUUGUGACCAAGCCCGUAGCUGCCGUGUGGUACCCGCUUAUUUCGGAUCCAUUCUUCUCUAUUCCAUACUACGCUCGUCUCGCCACUGGUUGGCUUGCCCUCAUUGCGGUUGUUUUUGGAUCUGCGUUUGGCUUUAGUCUUCCAGCAGGUACUCACUACGGUGACCGAGCGAUUUCAGUCUUGGGCCUAUUUGCUUUCCAAUGUUUCUUUUACGCCAUCUCCACCAAUCGUUCCCGAAUUCCUUGGCCCACUGUCAUCGUGGGACUGUUCGUCCAGCAAAUCAUUGCACUUUUCGUUCUCAAGUCCGACGCAGGAUUUAAGAUCUUCCUUUGGGUUGCAACGCUUGCUCAGGACUUUCUGGCUCGGGCAGAACCUGCCGCCGCGUUCUUUUUUGAUGAAGAAACGAUUGCGAAGCAUUGGUUCUUCACGAAUGUGUUGAGCGCAAUUAUAUUUUUCAUUGCUUUCGUACAGAUGAUGUACUAUUUCGGUGUGAUGCAAUGGUUCAUAGGCAAAUUCGCCUGGGUCUUUUUCAAACUCAUGAACAUCUCUGGUGCUGAAGCCGUCGUAGCAGCAGCAUCACCAUUCAUUGGACAAGGAGAAUCAGCGUGUCUCGUCCGUCCCUACGUGGACUUGAUGACUCCAUCUGAACUUCACCUUUCCAUGACAUCUGGAUUCUCCACCAUCGCAGGUUCAGUCUUUGCGGCAUACGUCAAUUUGGGCGUUUCCCCCACCACACUCAUCACCUCUUCUGUCAUGUCCAUUCCUGCAAGUAUAGCCAUUUCGAAACUGAGAUUCCCCGAAACAGACGAGCCCGUUACAAGGGGUCGGAUUGUUGUAGACAGAGGAGCACACAACGCAAGGGACGCACCCGUAAAUGCCCUACAUGCUUAUUCACAAGGGGCAACCUUCGGCCUCCUCGUCGCAGGUCAAAUUCUCACAAACGUCUUGACGAUCCUCGCAUUGGUCUACAUGAUGGACGGGUUACUCACUUGGAUCGGAAAAGGAUUCGGAAUUCAUAACCUCACGCUGGACCUUAUUUUCGGAUACGUCUUCUGUCCGUUAACCUUCCUCAUGGGCGUUCCACGUGGGGAGAUUAUUCGAGUCUCACGCCUCAUCGGUCUCAAAUUCGUCGCGAACGAAUUCGUAGCCUACUCGAAGCUAUCCACGAUCAUGGCCUCAACGGAUCCUCUUUCCGAACGCGCCUUCACGGUAGCCAGCUAUGGACUAUGUGGAUUCGGGAAUUUGGGAAGUUUGGGCAUUCAGAUUGGCGUGUUGAGUGCACUUGCUCCAAGCAGGGCAAGGGUCAUUGCCAAGAUCGCACCCAGUGCCUUGUUGUGUGGAUUUAUCGCUACAAUGCAAACGGCAGGUAUCGCGGGAAUGCUUGUUUGA